AUGACCGAAAGUUUCAAAGAAAAGAAGAUCGGCUUCGACAUCUGCUUCGCACUAAUUGUUGAACCAAAAAAGGAUCUUCUUUGGAAACUUCGUGUGGGAAACAAACAAAAGAAUCAAGAGAAUCAAGAGAAUCAAGAGAAUCAAGAGAAUCAAGAGAAUCAAGAGAAUUCAGAAAAUCAAGGGAAUCAAGAGAAUCAAGAGAAUCAAGAGAAUCAAGAGAAUCAAGAGAAUCAAGAGAAUCAAGAGAAUCAAGAGAAUCAAGAGAAUCAAGAGAAUCAAGAGAAUCAAGAGAAUCAAGAGAAUCAAGAGAAUCAAGAGAAUCAAGAGAAUCAAGAGAAUCAAGAGACUCAAGAGAAUCAAGAGAAUCAACAGAAUCAAGAGAAUCAAGAGAAUCAAGAGAAUCAAGAGAAUCAAGAGAAUCAAGAGAAUCAAGAGAAUCAAGAGAAUCAAGAGAAUCAAGAGAAUCAAGAGAAUCAAGAGAAUCAAGAGAAUCAAGAGAAUCAAGAGAAUCAAGAGAAUCAAGAGAAUCAAGAGAAUCAAGAGAAUCAAGAGAAUCAAGAGAAUCAAGAGAAUCAAGAGAAUCAAGAGAAUCAAGAGAAUCAAGAGAAUCAAGAGAAUCAAGAGAAUCAAGAGAAUCAAGAGAAUCAAGAGAAUCAAGAGAAUCAAGAGAAUCAAGAGAAUCAAGAGAAUCAAGAGAAUCAAGAGAAUCAAGAGAAUCAAGAGAAUCAAGAGAAUCAAGAGAAUCAAGAGAAUCAAGAGAAUCAAGAGAAUCAAGAGAAUCAAGAGAAUCAAGAGAAUCAAGAGAAUCAAGAGAAUCAAGAGAAUCAAGAGAAUCAAGAGAAUCAAGAGAAUCAAGAGAAUCAAGAGAAUCAAGAGAAUCAAGAGAAUCAAGAGAAUCAAGAGAAUCAAGAGAAUCAAGAGAAUCAAGAGAAUCAAGAGAAUCAAGAGAAUCAAGAGAAUCAAGAGAAUCAAGAGAAUCAAGAGAUUCAAGAGAUUCAAGAGAAUCAAGAGAAUCAAGAGAAUCAAGAGAAUCAAGAGAAUCAAGAGAAUCAAGAGAAUCAAGAGAAUCAAGAGAAUCAAGAGAAUCAAGAGAAUCAAGAGAAUCAAGAGAAUCAAGAGAAUCAAGAGAAUCAAGAGAAUCAAGAGAAUCAAGAGAAUCAAGAGAAUCAAGAGAAUCAAGAGAAUCAAGAGAAUCAAGAGAAUCAAGAGAAUCAAGAGAAUCAAGAGAAUCAAGAGAAUCAAGAGAAUCAAGAGAAUCAAGAGAAUCAAGAGAAUCAAGAGAAUCAAGAGAAUUAA